CGUUAUUUCUGAUCUUAUCCAGUCAACUUGUUAUCUACUACGUUCUCGAUUCAAUUACUGCACAAAAUGAGCAGCCGCCAUGUUCCAGUGGAUCUCUUUGGAGACAAUGGAAUGAAGGCCGAUUUACCUGCAGGCUUGAUCAAUGUCGCAAACAUGCAGGAGAUCCCAGACUCCCAGGAAAUAUUUGCGUACCGUGAUUUUGGUGCAAGCAUCAUCAUUGACAUCCUGCAAAAAGUCGAGAUCGAAGAUCCGGAAGCGGCAGCGAAAUUCCACCUUGACGCAAUAGCAGACGACAAUGAUUCAAUGGAACAUAAUUCUAUCCUUGUGCAAAGACCCACCACAAAUGGACUUUCUCCCAUUGUGCUCGACGGACGCCAGAUUCUAAAGAAAGCGGAGUCAAUUCAUCACCUUCGCACCCUAUUGGCUCUUUUCCGCGUCAACGGAAAGAAUCACGACGUUGUAGUCUCGUUCAACAUUCCGAUUGAAACAGGACAAGGACGUGGAAAAAAUGGAGCCGUCACAGUGGAACAGGAACAACUUGUCGCAUUAGAUUUCUAUAGGGCAGUAGAUUCCUUGAGAAUUGUCGAUUACAACCUUUUUGCAGUCUAGGCUUCCUACAUAACGGACUCUGCAUUUCAACUCAACUUUCUCGGACCCGAUCUCCAGAUCUUAAUAUCGAUGCCUGGGGCGUGAUCUCCCAUGAGUUUAUGAAUUUUGUUCACCAUAACUCGAUCCCUAUCUCAGACAUAUCGGCGGCUCAAUUGCAUCCUUUUAUCGCACCCCUAAUGG